AUGAAUAAUACACUCUCUAGAAAGAUACAAAAAGUAUUAGAAAUAAAAUUAGAUCAAUCAAGUGAAGAGUUAAUAGGAUCAUUAGAUGAGUUAUCUUCAUUCUAUCAGUUAAAUUCAAUUGCUGCAAGAAGAAAUCUUAGAAAUGAUAUCGAAAGAAGAUAUCUUGAAAUAAAUAAUCAAUUCUUGGAUCAAUUUACUUUAUUAUAUAAUUGUGUUGAAGAAUUAGUUGAUAAUUAUAAAGAAAUAGAAAAGAGUUGCAACGAUGUUUGUUCACAUUUCGAUCAGACCAAUCAGUCUUACUCUUCGAUUUUGGUAGAUGCAAAGAGGAUGUUUGACGAUCUGAAAGAGACAGAGGAGAAAGAAAAGUUUUUAGAUACAUUCAUAUCGAGGUUUAGAUUGACGGAAGAGGAGGAACUGUCUUUACAGAGAAAAGAUAUAGAUAUGUCGUUCUUUGCUACUCUCGCGCGACUCUCUGACAUACACCGUGAGUGCAAGUCGAUACUCUCAAACACUUACCAACGACCGACCUACGAGAUCAUGGAGAUGAUUGCACAACACCAAGAGAAAGCCUAUCCAUCUGAACACGAACUACUCUCUACGCUUCUCGCUAAAAUCAAAAUAACCAUACCCAUCAAAUCACAAAUAAGAAGUUCUGCAUCGCGUGACGAUAUCAUUGAUUUCAGUGAUCAAUCGACUUCAAUUGAUUCUACUACUAAUACCAGUGGUGGUGGUGAUAAUAAUAAUAAUACUCCAGGCGGUAGUGUUCAACAACAAAAUUUCUACACGCAGAUCAAAGAUCACUUUGAAAAGAUACAUAAAUCACCGAGUGCUCCCUCGAUUGACUUGUCACCGACCAUCGAAAUCAAAGAGUCGAUCAACAAGCUGAAAGAGUUGCUCACCACCUACAGCAGUUCGCUGGUGCCCGACGACGAGAAGGAAGACGAGUUCAAACCGGUCUUGACCGCCAUGGUCGACCCGAUAUUAGAGAUAGUUAAAGAAGAUACUUAUAAGAUUGAUUCGAUAUUUAACAAUAACAAAAGAAAAGAGAUGUGUGGAAGUGGAUCGAGAUUUGUUUCGGCACCCUCAGCCUCCUUCAUCAGAGCAGAUCGCAGUAACAGGUCCGCCGUUCAAAAUUCAUUUUUAACAAACCAUUCAUCUCCUAACCAACAACACCAACAACAACAACACAACUUUUUAACAAGUAGUAACAGUAGUAAUAAUAACACAUCACCAGCAGCAGCAACAUCAUCAACACCAUCGACAACAACAACAAGUGGACAACAACAACAACAACAACAAUCGCAAUCGACUCACACUCAAACUCACAGUCCAAUAAUAUUGGCAUCUCCAUUGAUUUCAAGUUCAUCUCCAUCAUCUUCUCCCUCCUCAUCUUCAACCAACGUGACUGCUGCAUCAACGAAUAUGGUCCAACCGACAACAAGCAUUGCCAAUGGAGCUUCACCAUCUUCCAGCAUGAUCAAUUCCUCUUCUUCUGCUUCUGCUUCCGCUUCUACAACACCAAGUCUGACACAUUCACAAUCACAAUCUCAACUACCAACACCCACUACUAUUGACUCGAUUUUCAGUGCACUCCACGAUUUGUCAUUGAAAAAGAAGGCAUUGUUUGACUUGAAAGAUCUGCUCAAAGACGAGAGCAAUGUGAAGCGCUUCAUUGAGAAGGAUGGAAUUCGUGCCAUCGAAGAUCAAAUGACAGAGCUGAGUGGCAACACUCUGGCGUAUGCACUGAUUGCCAUACAGGCUGCAUGCUCCUACGAGAUUGGUGUGCAUGCACUACCGAGCACAUUGAUUCAUCGUAUUCUAGCGAUGAUUGCAGACUCAACGGCAAUCCCAUCGAUUACGAAAACCGGACUCUCCAUCCUCUCACAGUACUGUCAAACCAUACCACUGGCAGCCACCCAACUCAACAACCAAUACGGCAAAGCAGCGCUUGCCAGUCAGCAUCCCUCACUUCUCGCCAACAUCGUAGCACUCUUGUCGUCGUCGACCGUCGACAUCCAACUGAACGCACUGACGCUACUCAACAUCAUGCUCUCGAAAUCCAACAAUGAACUUCAAUCACUCAUUAACAAACUCGAUGAAUAUGAUAUCAACAUUAAACUAAAGAAACUAUUUGAAUCAAAUGUAUCACAAGAAUUAAAAAAACAAUUGUAUUAUUAUCAAAAACACAAAUUAUCAUUAUUGAAAAAGAGAAAGAAUAUUGCAUACAAUAAGGAAUUGGAAGAGCAUGAAACAUUACUUUUGAAAUUGUGGACUACAACCUAUCCAGAUGUUAAAUUGGAAACACGUGUCAGUGAACAAUGGAAGUUACUUGGAUUUCAAGGUACCGAUCCAGCAACAGAUUUCAGAGGAAUGGGUAUUUUUGGUCUUGAAAAUCUACUUUAUAUUGCAGAGAAUCAUACCGAUCAGUUUAGAAAACUCAUAUCAAGUCAAAUCGAUAGAAAAGAAAGAGAUUAUCCAGUUGCUGUUGCCGGUAUCAAUUUGACUCAAAUGUUUUUUGAAUUAUUUAAAGUCACUGAAGAGAAUAAUCCAGAGUUUCCAAUAUUUCCAAUUCUAUUUUCACACAAGAAUGCAUUUGAAGAGGUAUAUUGUAUUGCAUUCCAACUUUUAGAUAUUACAUGGGACACAAUGAAUGCUAGUUAUAUGGAAUUCCCAAAGGUCAUUGCAACUGUUAAGCAAUCUAUUGUUACCGCUCUAGAAACUAAACCAACUACUUUAGAAGCUUUUAAUUGGGCAGCUGGCGCAUCAAAGAAAUCAAAUACUUUCCAGAAUGAAGAUGAAAGUUUGGAGAGUGAGGAUAUCAAAAAGCUAAAGAAUAUAAUAAAAACCGAUAUAAUGGAGGUACUAAAGACACAGAAACUGAAUAUACUGGCCGACGGUAUCUACUUUAAGCUUCAGAAACCAGUGAAGGCAAAGACUGUGACUCACACUCAUUUGUAUGUGUGCCAGACUGCCGUCUCACAGGUAAAUGGCGAGCUACUCUACGCGCAAUGCACUGAGCCAUCCAGCUCGCUUUCACCACCGGCUUCCUCAGCCGCCUCACAGCUACAACAACUGUCGCUCCAACCACCAAUGUCGCCAGGCGGUGGCAGUGGCGCCAGAGGUGAGCUAACUGGUAGUGGUGGACUCCUAGACAAGACGUCGAUGGGCGCCAACAGCUCAUCGAAUCCAGCGAUGCCAUCUUCGCCAACACUCACCGGCAGCGGCAGCAUCAACAACCCCAACUCGUCCGGCGGCAGCAGUGCAUCGGGUGGUGUUGGUGGUGGUGGUCUGUCAUCAUCGAAUGACCCUCGCGCAGCCAUGUCGUUCUCCAGCGUAAAGAUCAACGAUAUUCACUUCCCGGCGCAGUCCGACGCGCAACAACGUCGUAAACCCGACACCAAGAACACACAGCAACAACAACAACAACACUUUUUCACCGUAAAUCUUGGUCGUGAGAUUGUCGAACUCAUUGCAAGCACCAGAGAAGAUCACUCCAACUUUGUAGACGCCAUCAGAUUACUCAAUAACAAACAAAUCGAUUGUCCCGAGACAAUAGAAGAGUAUAAAAUUCUUGUUAACCUCAGUAUGAAACUCAAACUUCUCGAUUUAGAGGGUGUUGAACUGCCAAAAUCAGCCCCGAAAGUUCCACCCCCACCACCUGACUUUGCUUUUUUAUCAAAAGAUAGCUUAUCAUCACCGAAUAAUAGCUUUAUCGCCUUUAACAAGUCUUGA